UGCAACAUGAUGUUCUGGGAUCUGUUACGCACACAGAGACAUAAAAUAGUGGAGGUGGUCAGAUUUGAACAUGGGAACAUUCUGUUGAUUUAAUUUUUUAUGGACUAUCAUUACUUUUAAUUGCUGUAAUGCUGUGAAAAAGUUACAUUGGUGGAAAAAGGCCCUGAGAGAUUAUGAGGAAAGUUUCUGUUUUUCUCCUAACAGAGAGGUUCAUCCUCUCCACAUGCGACCAGCAUCAGUAUCACUUUGUCAGUGGAUCUUUCACCUGGAGCGAAGCUCAGGCCUACUGCAGACAGAAACACACAGACCUGGCCACCAUCCAGAGUUUCACAGAAGUGGAGCGAGUUUUGGAAACGCUUUCAUCUGCUGGUCACACAUCGGAGGUCUGGAUCGGUUUGUACAGUGAGAUGGACUGGAGGUGGUCUGAUGGUUUCACAGGGAGCGGGGCUGAAUACAGGGACUGGGAAACCUCUGAUGAUGAACCAGAUUUUUAUUAUGCCUACCAGUUCUGUGUGUUGAUUGCUGACAAUGGCAAAUAUUGGGAUGAUUCCUGCAGCAUCUCGUACCCAUUUAUCUGCUACAACGGCACACAGGAGAAUCCUGAAUAUGUUCUGGUCAAUGAACCAAGAUCCUGGUCCGAUGCUCAGACGUACUGCAGGCAGAACUUCAGAGACCUGUUUGCUUCCUAA